AUGAAUAGCAGUGUGAAAAUAAAGAGGAAGAGACCAAUCGUUAUCGAAAUUGAAUCCAGUCCAGAGCCGGAGCCAAAGCCAAAGAGGAGAAGGAUCGUCACACCAAGGGAAGAAGAGGAGGAUUAUGGCGACGGUUACUUUGUAUCACCGACGCAAAGACUUUCAGCAUUAGAACGGCUGCGCAUGGCUAGGGGCCUCCUGAAGACCCGCGAACCACUUUAA